AUGUUGUUCCGACUGUUCCUUCUCCUUUCCUUCAUCGUUUUGUGCCACUCAAUUGUAUCGGAAAUCUCGCACAGAUUCCUUCAUAGAGAUCCAGAUUAUGAGGGGAGAGUCUACUACGAACCACUGUACACUUCAAAAGAUUUCCGUCUUGGUGGAUCCUCUCAACUCUCUCCACUCUAUGAAAUGACCAACUCGCAUCUUCUCAAUUUGGCUGAUCUCCUCCGAAAACGUACUGAAACCCAAACUCCUUACUGA